CCCACGGAGUCUUUCACCCGUCGAGACGGCCACGGUAGGGGCGCCCGCCACGUUGCCUACCAGGGACUCCCGAGGUCUGCACACGAAUCGUGAAGCUGAUUGUUGUAUCUUUCCAAUCAUUCUCCUGACUCGCGGUACCUUUCGAUCUCAACACCAAACUUCUGUCUUUCUUCAUGCCUUCGCAUUGCUUGGUGUUUAAAGAAGUCACAGCGUUGAAUUGCAUCGAAGUUCCCUGGUUCAGAUUUGGAACUCUUUCUUCUCUUUCCAUUAGAACAUCCAUCACUCACUCUGCGUGAACUCUCCCCCCGAAGCACCCCACAAUGGCCUCCCUACCAACCACAACACCCCCACCACCAACACCCACCUUCCUCCUCCUCUCCUAUCCAGCCCCCCGCGUCCUCCUCAUCACCAUGAACCGCCCCAAAGACCUCAACUGCAUGAACACGACCGCGCAAUGGGAAAUGGACGCCGUCUGGAAAUGGCUCGACGCCGAGCCCAACCUCUCCGUCGCCAUCAUCACGGGCACCGGGCGCGCCUUCAGCGCCGGCGCCGACCUCAAAGAGUGGAACUCCUCCAUGGACACCGGCGCCGACCCCAACAGCCGCAUGGGCAACGCGCCCGCUUUCACACCGCUUUCACGACGGCUCGGUAAGAAGCCCGUUAUCGCAGCCGUCAACGGCCUCACCAUGGGCGGCGGGACGGAGUUCAUCGUCAACUGCGACCUCGUUGUCGCGGCCGAGGAGGCGUACUUUGGGCUGCCGGAGGUCAAGCGCGGCAUCUCGCCUAUAGGAGGCGCUCUGCCGCGGCUCAUUCGCACGAUUGGGCUGCAGCGGGCGAGCGAAUUCGCGCUGACCGGGCGGAACGUCACGGCCCAGGAGGCUCUAGCCUGGGGGCUUGUGAAUAAGGUUGUGCCGAAGGGGGAGCUGAUUAAGGAGGCGGUCGAGUACGCGACGGCGAUUGCGGUAAAUAGUCCUGAUGCUAUCAUAUGCACGAGGGCGGGGAUAAGGCAGGGGUGGGAGACGGCGGCUGUGGAGGAGGCAGUGGGGAUUACGAUGGAUAGGGAGUUUGCGGAGUUGCAGAAGGGGGAGAAUAUACUGGAGGGGCUGAAGGCGUUUAGUGAGAAGCGCGCGCCGGUGUGGAAGGCGAGCAGGUUAUAGGGGUGUGAUGUUGAACUUGU